UCUCCUCACCGAACAAACCAAACUAACUGGUUCAUUCGAGAGUAAACACGAACAGCUGACACCAAACAAUCAUGAGUACCACCAAGUAGUGUAAAUAUUAGUCUCGCUCGUGCGUUGAUCACGUGUACACCCAUGGCUCCGACUUUAUACAUGGUACAUCCAAGUCCGCCGGUCAGGGCGGUACUGAUAACAGCAAAAUCCAUCGGACUCGAACUAGAUCUGAAAGAAAUUAAUCUGAAUGACGGUGAACACCUGAAACCGGAAUUUCUCAAGCUAAAUCCCCAACACACAGUACCGACGCUGGUGGAAGACGAUGGUGCCGUUUUGUGGGACAGUCAUGCCAUUAUUACGUAUCUUGUGUCCAAGUACGGACAACACAAGGAGUCUCUAUACCCUAAAGAACUCCUCAAACGGGCAGUGGUGGAUCAAAGACUUCAUUUUGAAUCGUCAAUCGCAAACCCUAGGUUGCUGCAAAUAGCGGGUCCCAUUAUUCGCAAAGGUAAAACGAAAAUAGAGCCAGAGGAUGUUAAAUUGGCGGAGGAGGUUUACGCGUUUCUGGAUAAGUUUCUGGAUGGGAGGAAAUGGAUGGCGGGGGGGCAUGUCACAGUGGCCGAUUAUAGUUUGAUUAGUACCAUUAGUACGUUGGAGGUGUUGGUCAGGGUUGAUGAGGGUAAAUUCGCGAAUGUGGCGGCUUGGGUGAAGAGAAUGGAGCAUUUGGGGGAGUAUGGAGCGAAUAAGAAAGGACUCGGGAUGUUUAGGGAGCUCAUUGAGAGCAAACUUACAACUAUAGAUGUUAUCUUUAUUGUUGACAAAAUGGCGCCGGUUUUGUACAUGGUGCCAUAUUCCCAACCGGUUCGUGCCACUCUGAUGACCAUUAAAGCCUUAAACAUCGAAAUCGAGUUACAAGAAGUCAGUUUAAUUGAUAAACAACAGUUAUCAUCUACUUUUACCAAGUUGAACCCGCAGCACACAGUACCCACUUUAGUGGAAGACGAUGGGUUCGUGUUGUGGGAAAGUCACGCCAUAAUGCCCUACCUUGUCGAUAAAUAUGGGAAAGAAGACGAUCCUCUUUACCCCAAGGACCUUCGUAAAAGGGCCACCAUAAAUCAGAGGUUACACUUCAACAACGGAGUGCUUUUCACCCUAAAUGUUCUUGGUCCUAUUAUUUAUCAAGGUGAGGGUACCAUUUCCGAAGAAAAAGUUAGUCGGGUGAGGGAAGCCUACGCGUUUUUGGAGACAUUUUUAGAUAGGCACAAAUGGGUAGCUGGUGAUUGGGUGACCAUUGCGGAUUUUGCUAUAAUUGCUACUGUGACAAGUCUGGAUGUGGUGGUUCCAGUUGGUGAAGAAAUAUAUCCAAAUGUUUAUGCCUGGAUGAGAAGGGCCGAAGGGUUACCCUAUUAUGACGAAAAUAGGAGAGGCCUGGAGAUAAUUAAGAACAUGGUCACAAAAAAAUUAGCUUAACUGUUUGAUUAAAAA